ACUUUUAAAUUUGUGAAUGCUUGUUUAAAAGUACAAAAAACCAAAAAUAAAAUAAAAGAUAUAUCACCAUGGCUAACACAAGAACGUUGGCCGCUAAGGCAAAUAACAAUAAUAUUGGUUCAUUAAUUAUAAUGGCCUUGGUAUUUGGUUCUUGCGUGGCCAAUGGUGAAUAUCUCGGAGGCGGCCGUGAACUUACCGGAAACCCUACCGUCUUUGAUAUAACUCAGUUUGGAGCAGUGGGAGAUGGCCGCACCAAUACUUUCAAGGCGUUUUUGAAAGCAUGGAUCCAAGUGUGUGCAAGUCCUGUACCAGCAACGCUACUAGUCCCUAAAGGAAAUUUCUUGGCUGGUCCAAUUAUUUUCGCUGGUCCAUGCAAGAGCCACGUGACCGUCAAUGUUCAAGGCACGAUCAGUGCUACAACAAGUGGAUUCGCAACCCCUGAAUGGAUCUUAUUCGAGCGUGUCGACAAUGUCCACCUCACCGGACCUGGCACAAUUCACGGCAGAGGUGAAGCCGUAUGGGCAACAGAUGGUUGUGGCAAAAAGUUUAAAUGCAAUCUUCCCCCAACGUCUCUAAAAUUCAGAAACAUAGUAAAUCUUGAAGUCAGUGGUAUUAGCUCGGUCAACGCAAAGGCCUUCCACAUGUUCUUGGUGAAAACCGUGAAUGUCAACAUCCACAACAUUAAGAUUAUCGCCCCUGCCGAAAGUCCCAACACUGAUGGUAUCCAUUUGAGCAAUGCCGAUAACGUUAAGAUCCUCGACAGUUUCAUAGGGACAGGAGACGAUUGUGUUUCAGUCGGUCGUGGUUCCAACAAUGUAACCGUCGAACGUGUGAUUUGUGGUCCUGGACACGGCCUAAGUGUUGGUAGUCUCGGUAAGUACCCCAACGAGGAGGACGUUAGCGGCAUUCACUUUAGGAACUGCACAAUGAGAAAUACCGACAAUGGUCUUAGAAUCAAGAGUUGGGGUGGUUCGUCACCAAGCAAGGCUAUUGACAUUCAUUUCGAAGAUAUUAUCAUGGAAAACGUCAAGAACCCAAUCAUCAUUGACCAAAACUAUGGUUCAAGAGGCGGAGAGUCAAGAGUUGCCAUAAGCGAUGUGUUGUUCAAGAACGUGAGAGGAACAACAAUUACAAAAGAUUUUGUUCAGUUCAUGUGCAGCAAAUCGGUACCGUGUAAAGGAGUCAGAGUCGACAAUGUGAACCUAAAAUUCGUAGGCCACGUAGGAGGACACCAGUCGUCGUCAGGUGGUUUGAUCGGAUCUCUUUGUAAUAACGUCAAUCUUAUCUUUGGUGGAAAGGUUAACUUCCCUCUGUGUCCAAAAUAAUAUUUUUGGUCUAAAUAAUAUAAUAAAGGAAGAAAAAAAAUCAAAAGUUCCCACAAACAUUUGUUUUGUUUGUGGAUUAGUUUGGAAAAUUUAUCAACAUGACAAUUGGAAUAUUUGACUUUUGAUAAUGUUGUUUUUCCUAACUUGUUCUUUUUUUUUUUACUUUUUUUCUGAGUUUGGGUAAUGUAUAAUAAAUAGACCCUUCGGCUGGUUGUUUCCGGUUAGAAAUUUGGUCAGUGUAUACAUCCUUUUGCGUAUAAAAAACUUUUUCUAUUGAUAA